AUGGAGGGGGCAAAUCCUCCUGAGGGUACUGCCCCUGAGCCCGGGGGUCAGGCAGGUGAGCUACCCCCUGAAGAACAGGAGAAACUGCAGAGGGUACUGUCCGGGUGCCUCGGAAAUUUACCGGCUCUGAGUUCCAAAAUCGUCCGUAUAUUUACUAGUUCUACAUUUACAGACACAACCAUCGAGAGAAAUGCGCUCAUGGAAAAUGUUUAUCCGAAAUUAAAGGAAUAUCUUCGAGAAAGAUAUGGAUUGGAAUUCCAGGUGGUGGAUAUGAGAUGGGGAGUGCGAGAUGAAGCCACAGAUGAUCAUAUGACCACACAGUUAUGUAUGCAAGAAAUUGACAAUUGUCAGCGUCUCUCUAUAGGUCCAAACUUUGUGGUUUUUCUCGGACAGAAGUACGGAUAUCGUCCCCUACCAACAUUCAUCGUAGCAACUGAGUUCGAAAUGAUCCGUGAGUGCGUCAAGUCUGUGAAGGACGAAAUCGAGGUCCUUGAUAAGUGGUAUAUGAAAGACGAAAACACGGUACCAGCUGUGUAUGUCCUGCAGCCUAUUAGCUCCAUACUCACCAACUUUAACAACAAGAGACAUCAGCGGCUGCAGGAACUUGAUCAAAACACAUGGUGGGAAACAUUUCUUAAGCUACAAAGGAUAAUGAGGAAGGCCGCUCAAGUACUUUUCAUCACAAAAAAGCUUGACCGAGAACAGAUGCACAACUACUUCAUGUCAGUAACUGAGAGGGAAGUUGAACGUGGUAUCCUGAAAGCCAAUAAUGUACAAGACCAUUGUCUUGCAUACGUCAGAGAAAUCGCCAAUAUCAACCCAACAAUGUACCGUUUUGCCUACAAAUUCGUAGACUUUGCUGCCCGAAACAUAGAUGGGGAGGCUCAAAAGCUUCUUCAAGUACUUCGUGAUGAAAAAUUAACAAAGAAAAUGCCAGAAAGUAAUUUAGUUCGUUUCAAAGUAGAAUGGGGACGAGAAGGAAUUGACAAAGAUACGCACAAGGAAUACUUAGAAAACUUUACGAAUCACUUUCAUACCUCCAUUGCCAUGCUGGUGGACAAUGCUAUGGCAAAGCAUGAACGAUUGUCUAGUGAUCCUGUGUUUACAGAGGCACUACAACACCUUCACGCGUGCACAAAGUAUUGUAAAGUGUUUCAAGGACGCGAAGAUAUUGUGAAGAAGAUAGAAGAACACAUUGUCGGUCCUUCAAAUAGGCCGUUUGUUCUACAUGGAGAAAGUGGAUGCGGAAAGACUUCUUUGACUGCCAAAGGUGCAAGCCAGAUAAAAUCAUGGUUUCCUGAGGAGAGAGAACCAAUGCUAGUCAUCCGAUUUCUCGGUACAACGCCUAACAGUUCAACCAUUAUUCCGUUGUUGACCAGUCUGUGCAAGCAAAUAUGUGUUUUAUAUGAUUCGCCGAUGGACGAGAUCCCAGAUGAACUAGCACCGUUGAUACAUCAUUUUAAGACACUUCUUACUUUAGCAACAGAGGAGAAACCAUUGGUACUGAUCUUGGAUUCACUUGAUCAGUUGUCAGGUUCGGAUGGUGCACACCAGCUUGCAUGGCUUCCAGCUCAGCUGCCGCCUAAUGUAAAAAUGAUUUUAUCAACUUUACCACGACUCUACGGCCUACUGGAUACUAUCCGUAUCAUGAUUGAACCAGAGGAGAACUAUGUCGCAGUGCUUCCCUUGGGAGAAAACUUAAGUGGAACUAUUUUGAAGUUCUGGUUAAAGAAUGCAAAUAAAGCCAUCACUGAAUCGCAAUGGGACUUAGUCAAUGAAGCCUUCACGAAGUGCAAUCUUCCACUCUUUGUAAAACUUGUAUUUGAUCAGAUAUGCACAUGGAAAUCAUAUACAAAGCCAAAUACCACCGUCCUUCAGUUCACGAUACAUGACAGCAUUAUGAAGCUGUAUGAAAGAAUCGAGAUUCAGCACGGGAAAACGUUAGUGGCACACGCAUUUGGAUACAUUACUGCUGCGAAAAGUGGUGUGUCAGAAUCCGAGUUGGAAGAUCUGCUUUCCCUGGAUGAAAAGGUUCUGAAUGAUGUAUACCAAUAUCAUCUUCCGCCUGUACGAAGGAUCCCACCCUUACUCUGGACAAGAAUUAGGAGCGAUCUCCCAGGAUAUCUCAGCGAGAGGGAGGCUGACGGUGUCAAUGUAGUUGGUUGGUACCACCGACAAUUUAUAGAGGCCGCGAAGGAGAGGUAUUUUAGAAAUCUAAACUUCGUCAGUACCGUCCAUGCAAACCUUUCUGAGUAUUUCCUUGGAAUCUGGGGUGGCGGAGUUCCUAAACCAUUCGAGUACACAGAGGGCCAACGUCGUAUGUUCAAACUUGACGAGAUGAAAGGAGAGAGUGACAGGAAGGUUCCUAUUCAGCGACUAGUAUUUUCAUCAGAUGGUACUGUCACACGCUACAAUCUUAGAAAAUUAAGUGAGUUACCUUAUCACUUGAUACGAUCUCAUCAGUACGAGGAUCUCUACGCAACCGUUUUAUUCAACUACAAGUGGCUUCAUGCAAAACUCAGUUCGAUGCCUUUGCAGUCUGUCCUGGCAGAUUUUGAAGAUCUCUUGGAACACGUUUACCAAAAGGAUGUUAAACUCAUUGCAGAUGCCAUUCGUCUGUCCAGUUCCAUCCUCAGCCACUAUCCAGACAUGCUUGGACCUCAGAUCAUUGGACGCCUGCUUCCAUACUACCAGCAAAACACAAACAUCCGAAGUUUGAUUCAGCAGUGCGAUAGUGAUGGUUUAGAGGACUGUUCCCUGGUUCCAGCCCACCAUUGCCUCCAUACGCCAGGUGGGCCGCUUCAAUACUCUUUAGAAGGACAUCCAUUUGCUCCUUUUGGUAUUGGUACGACCUCAAACGGCCGCUACCUUGUAUCUGUGUCGAACAAAUUCAUAAUAUGGGAUUUGCUUAACGGAGAAGUGUUCAGAAAUGUUGUACCGGGAAUAAACGGCAUAAUGUCAAAUCUUUCGAUUUGUGAAAAUGACAAGUACGCUGCUAGUUUCACAAACAAUAAUCAGGUUGUAAUAUGCACCAUUAUGACCGGUGAUUACAGAAUAAUCACACCCGUUAUGAACGGGAAGACCGAUUCAAUCAUUGGAACCUCCAUGUCCAACGCACAUGUGGCCAUCUGGACUAGUCAGGAAUGGUAUUUAUAUGACACCCGCGGGGAGCUGAUAUCUAAACAUGACACGCCUCUCAAGAUGCCCCUUCUUGCCGUAGAUCUCGGCAAUGAUGACAAAACUUAUCUCAUAUGCAAGUCCGGUACUGAAAAUGAUACGGAAAUGGCUCUUGAGGUUCAAGAUCAAUCAAUCAAGCCUUUUGAGUUUCACAGUGGCAUUGCGAUAAACAAAGAAAAGAAUAUCCUUUACACGUGCAUUGAAAUCAGCGACAAUGCUGUGGCAGUCUACGAACGGGAGGAUAGUGUAUGGCGUUAUAAUCGCACUCUAGGGGAUAAUUUCGACAUUGUGUUCGCAUUGACACUUUCGGAGGAUGAAAACUACCUGGUGGCAACAAUUGCACUUGGGUACAAACUUUGGAAUCUUAAAACGGAUGCACUUGUUCAACUCAAGCUACCCCCGGGAACCCGCAAUAUUCCUACCAAAAACCAACUUAGUACUUUGGUAGUGUUUACAAAACACAACCACUUUGUUGUGGCCGGUGUUAGGAAGAAUAUGUAUGUGUGGGACACUAAGCAAGGGAAUAUGGUGAAAGUUCUUGAUGCCCAUUUCGGUAGAAUCAUAUCGUUACGAGCAGUUAGUUCAGGCUGUAAUAAAGUUAUUUCGUCUUCCAUCGACAAAACUAUCAAAGUCUGGAACUUCGACAACAUCCUGGAAGAUGUUCAUUCCAUUGACCGAAUGGAAAAACCGAUCGAAACCAUCGAUCUUGCAUCGGAAACGCAUUACGGUGUUACAACGAGUAGGAACUGCAUAGGUGUGUGGAAUCUUGGAACAGGAAAACUUGAGUUGUCUCUUGAGACAAAGUCUGUGGUAUCAUUGGCUGUUAUAACAAGAGAUGGAAAGUAUGUGGCAGCUGCUGAAUCAGGAAAACUUCUCAUCUGGGAAGUAUCACAAGAAUCAGCUUCGAAAGUAAUUCCUCACAAGGAUAUUCAGCAACUCCUAUUGAAUGAAGGUGACACACGUGUAAUUGCUUUGGCAAAGGAAGGGUUCAAUAAGGGAAAGGUGGUCACCUACACGUUCCCUGAAGGUGAGCCAGUCUACACAUUCGAGUACAAUCUCAGAGUGUUAAAACCGGGAGUACUGACUAUAGACGGAUCUUUCUUCGCGGUACUCGCUACAGAUAAAAGCGGCGAUGUGCUUGGUGUCUACCACGCCAAGUCAGGCACUCAUCUGUAUAAUCUCGGACUCAAGUAUAAUAACUAUAAGCCUGUGCAAUCCAUGAGAGCGAUGAGGCAUGAUCCUCACCAAAUUGUACUUGUAGAUGAAGAAAAAGGAAAUGUCAUUGACCUAAAGAAAAAGACUGUUCCAAGGUCAGUGAAUAGAUGGAAUGGUAUGGUAAUGAAAAAUGGAAAGUUUGGGUUGUAUGCCCCGAACAGGGGAGGAUUACAACUCUUAGAACUGAAAACUGGGAAGACGGUACGGACAUUCAUUCCACGAGUGGCUGAGGGAGUGUUCAGCAUAGAUGUAAUGUUUACACAGAAUGAUCGACAUGUUGUAUACUAUCACUCUGGGCACCGUACAAUAAGGGUGUUCCGUGUGUCCGAUGGGAAAAUGGUUGCCAAUUUUAAAGCACAUGCUGAAGUCAAAGCAAUGGUAAGCACAGCAGAGGGUGAAACUGUCGUGAUAGGCGCUGUAGACGGUAGCUUCACAGUUUUGUCGAUAGCAGAUCCGGAAUAUGAAGAAAGUGUCGAAUUUCUUCAGUGUUUACCGAGUAGGAACUUGCAAUCGAACACUCCAAACGGGUAUCGUACUAUGAACGGAGACAUUGUGCAAGGCAAGAACAGUAUGGGCACCGCCCUACAGGUAGCGAGAUUUGUAGCGAAAGCUAGACAGGCACAAAAAUCAAGGGCGUGUGUCAUAUCCUGA